AUGCUGUUGGAGAAGAAGUUUGGAACAAGUGAGGAAGUUAUAGAAACUAAGGUGCAUAAAGGGUUGUGGAAGAAAUUGAAGGUAAAGAGGAAGAGCCCUUGUCAGAGAGAGUUGAAAGGGGCGUUGGAAGAUGUUUCUGAUUGGUCAAUAGAAGAAAAAGUCCGCUUUACGUAUUUGUGUAUUUUAGCAACAGUCAUCAUAGGCGAGGAUGAUAAAAAGGAACUUUCUUUUGAACUUGCCCAUAUGGUUUUUGACUUACCCAAAUUUGAGAAGUAUCCUUGGGGCAGAGAGGCUUUCAAGCGGCUGAUUGAACCAGUGAAGCGUAUAGAUUUGAAUGCUAAGUCGUACACAAUAGAUGGAUUCGUACAAACCCUCCAAGUAUGGGCUUACAUUGUCAUUCCCAGUCUCGGAGCAAAAUUUGGUCAUCCAACAAAAGUUGAUGGGGCUCCUAUUCUGAAAUUUAAAGGUUUAAAAGGAAGAAAGAACAUCGAUAUCCAUGUCGUUUCAGUUGCUGAUGAGGAAUAUAAGAACAUCACGAGUGUUGUUAUCAACCAUGCGACACCUGUUGUUUGGACUUCUAAAAUUGUGGAUAAGAAAAUUAACACUCUUCUGCAAGUCGUAUGUAAAGAAGGAGGUUUAGGAGAUGUCACUUGGGUGGAAGCUGUGGAGCAUGGAUCAAACAUCAUCCAAACAGAAAAGAAUGUAGCAGAAGAUGUAGACUCAAGCACUAUACUUUCUUCUAUUGAGUAUGCUGAAGCACCACAAAUGAGAUUAGAAUUUGAGAAACAAGCAAAAAAGUUUGAGACUUUAGAGGCAAAAGUAGAAGAUAUGGGGAAACAACUUCAAGGUUUUGAAAUAAUGCGCUUAAAGUUUGAACUUUUGGAACAAGAAGUGACACUACUGAGAGAGAAGUUAAAGACUAAUGAGUGUAUUAAAGUACCUCACUUAAAAGAUGAAGACAUUUCUACAUAUGACUUUUUCGCGGACAUAAAUGGUGUAAGAGACAAAAUGGUUGAAUCAGUUGAAGAGAGCACGGUAGAUGGAAGAAUCCCCAUGAUGAAUAUUCGAAAAGCACAACCUCAAGAAGCUCCGCCAGUAAAGAUAAUCGAGCCCACUGCUUCUAUUGCAGAAAAGUUUACUAAGAAAAAAAUUGGCCAGACUUUAAAGAUUAUGGAAGUAGACCAAACUAAGAUUGUCCGAGAUAAAAGCACAAGACUCACGAUGUUGGAGCCGGCUCUACAAACACCAUUUCAGAGUACUUUACCGAUUUUAGGUAACAACAAACAAGUUGACAAGCCUAAUGUCGUGAUGGGACGUGGAUACGAUCCAUUUGCACCGGUAGUGUGCAAAAAGGAUUAUCCAAUUGGCUCCCAAAACAAUGGUGUAGAGUUCUUCAGAGUUCUCAGAACUCCUCAAGAGUGGCUAACUGAAGAGCGCUACAAACUUGCUGCGUCUGAGAUUUAUCAAAAAUCAAGAAGCGUUCAGAACUGGAAGAAUUGCUUUUACUGA